AUGUUCUUCCAACCAUUCGCUAUUUCCGUCCUGCUGGCGAUCCUGUCCUGCACCGUCUCAGCCGCCGCCCCGGAUCUGAUCUCCCUCGCCGCUAAAGACGACUGCGACCGCUGCGUUGAAAACUCAAUGAUCAAGCUCGAACCAGCCUGUGCAAAACUCACCUACAUCGGCAACGUUGACGAUUUUUCCGAUUCCAAGCUCACCCCCCAGCACCGGAAAUGCUACUGUGCAAUGUCUCCCAGCAGCGACUGGUACCAGAACUGUUACCUGUCUGAGACUUGCAGUACGGAGAAGAUGGACCUGAUUGCGUAUUAUGUUUCUGUUUUGACGACGGAGACUGUUUGUCCUGCUCCUGGGUCUGGGUCUGCGAAUGCAACGGGUGCGAAUGUUCCUAGUGGUGCAGUGUCUGGGAGGGCUGUUAGUUCGACCGCUGCUGCUGGUGUCGCUGCUGCCGCUGCUGCUUUCUGUGUCCUAUUGUAA